AUGAGUUCAAGACACACAGAGGAUAGUUUAUAUCAACGAGAUAAUGCUAGGACACAGUUAUUUGGUACGAUAGUGGAUCGAAAGCCUGCGAACGGUGAUGAUUAUUCUGCUUCACCAUACGCUAAAAAUACAAAAUUUGAUUAUGAUGAAAAUACACUUUCACAAUUAGAAUCUCAAAGUGAUGAACAAAUGGGUCAAAUGGGUAAAAGGAUUCAAGCUUUGAAAUCGUUAUCACUAAGAAUGGGUGAUGAAAUUAAAAAUGGGAAUCAUUCGUUAAAUGAUUUAGGUUCUACGUUCGAAAAUACAAAAGUAAAGUUAAAGGAUACCUUUGGAAAUAUGAUGGACAUGGCUAAACGAUCGAGAAUUAGCAUUAAGACAUGGCUUCUUAUAUUUUCAUUUGUUGGAAUCAUGUUCUUCUGGGUAUGGAUCACUUAA